AUGCUGUUCCGCAAACGUAAGCCGAAGUCUGAUGAUGAGGUGGUCUCCUUUGACGACCUCACCCGAUUCCCGAUGACCUUCUACAAGACCAUCGGCGAGGAUCUGUACUCGGACCGGGAUCCCAAUGUGAUAAGGCGCUAUCUGCUGCGAUUCUAUCUGGUGCUCGGGUUCCUCAACUUCAAUGCGUAUGUGGUGGGCGAAAUCGCGUACUUCAUAGUGCACAUCAUGUCGACGACAACUCUCUUGGAGGCCACCGCCGUAGCGCCGUGCAUUGGCUUCAGUUUCAUGGCCGACUUCAAGCAAUUUGGACUGACGGUGAAUCGGAAGCGUUUGGUGAAGCUACUCGAUGAUUUGAAGGAGAUAUAUCCUAUCGAUCCGGAGUCGCAAGCGAAGUACCAUGUGCCGUAUUAUAGGAAGCACAUGAACAGGGUCAUGACUUUGUUCACCAUCCUCUGCAUGACCUACACCUCGUCGUUCAGCUUUUAUCCGGCCAUCAAGUCCACCAUUAAGUACUACCUCAUGGGUUCGGAGAUCUUUGAACGCAACUACGGCUUUCACAUCCUAUUUCCGUAUGACGCCGAAACGGAUCUCACGGUCUACUGGUUCUCCUACUGGGGAUUGGCUCAUUGUGCCUAUGUGGCUGGGGUCUCCUACGUCUGCGUGGAUCUCCUGCUAAUCACGACCAUAACCCAGCUGACUAUGCACUUCAACUUUAUAGCCGACGAUCUGGAGGCUUACGAUGGCGGCGAUCAUACGGAUGAGGAAAAUAUCAAAUAUCUCCACGAUUUGGUCGUCUAUCAUGCCAGAGCUUUGGACCUUAGCGAGGAGGUGAACAACAUAUUUAGCUUCCUGAUCCUAUGGAACUUUAUUGCCGCCUCGUUGGUCAUUUGCUUCGCUGGCUUUCAGAUAACAGCCUCCAAUGUCGAGGAUAUUGUGCUGUACUUUAUCUUUUUCUCAGCCUCAUUGGUUCAGGUUUUUGUGGUCUGCUAUUACGGUGAUGAAAUGAUCUCCUCGAGCUCACGGAUAGGCCAUUCGGCCUUCAAUCAAAACUGGCUGCCCUGCAGCACCAAAUAUAAACGCAUACUGAAAUUUAUUAUUGCGCGCAGUCAUAAGCCCGCCUCUAUAAGACCGCCCACCUUUCCACCCAUCUCUUUCAACACCUUCAUGAAGGUAAUCAGCAUGUCAUAUCAGUUUUUUGCACUCCUCCGCACAACUUACUAUGGUUAA